UCAUAGUUCUCAACUAUGUUUCCAGACUAUGAUUUGACCAAUGAAAAGCCUCCAUUCUUUCAUGCUGUGAAUAGAUUCAGAGGCUGAAGUAUCCGCCAUUUUGAAAGUGUCAUUCGAAAGUUCAAAGAUAUUUUGCAGUUAUUACUGAGAUAUCAGUGCUUAUUUGUGUGUUUAUCACUCUGUUAUCCUGUGUUGUUACACAUAUUGACGAUUUGUUGUGCAUUUGUGAGAUCAAACGAGUGUUAUACCUUGAAGUGUCAUCAUGUUCCCAACUUUUCGGAGAGAUUCGAAGGGAAGUGUCAUCCUCACAGACACCAAGGCUGCUGCACUGGUGAAGUCGGAGAAGCGGCAGUGGGCAAAACCAGAGAAAUAUGAGGAGGCGAAGUGUGCCGCUCGUCGCCAGUGUAGGGAGGCAGGUGGGGAUGAAAACCAGCCAAAACAAUGGAUGGGGUUUCUCCGAAUGCAGUGGGGUUCAUUCAGAGGAGAAACAUACCGCUGGCUGCUUGAAAACACGCCAGGUUACUAUGGCUGGUUGGUGAAUAAACUUAAACAAGAUCAGAUACCCUCUUCUGACCAUCUUUUCAUGUUUAAGAUGACAUUGAUUAAGUACAUCGCCAUGUUUCCAGAAGGGGGUGAAAUUGUUGAGUUGAAAGUUAAGAAAAAAGCAGCCGACACUUCAAGGAAGAAUAUCAAACAGCCACAGUCAACCACAUGUAGUACUUCACUGAAAGAAGUCGAGCUAGGUGAAAUGGACAGUGCUGCAGAUGAGGAGCUGGUGGCUUGUCUGGAAAGGUACGAAGGCAGUGCUGAAGGUAAUUUUGCGUUUUGAAUGUUGAAAAUUACAUUCUGCCUUAAAAACAUAACCUAAACUCUGCGGGUUCACCAUAUAAUGUGGUUCAACAACAAAUUGUAAAUCUGUUAGGUUUGUUAAUGGCAUUUUGAGGUAUGUUUCCUUGGAAUGCCUGAGAUUAAAUUUAAUUUGUAGUACACAGCUAUUUGGCUAUCUGGACAAAGUUCCAAGGUGUGUAAUAUGAUUGUUGUCCGAGGGCCAUCUGUUACGUUGAAGCUCUAUGUUUGCUUGUAAGUGCAGAGUUUGAGGAUACAUAUGAGUGAUCUAUGAAAAAAAUGUAUUUAUUUCAGGUCAACUAUAUUUGGUACAGCUGUAAGGAGGAAAUAAAAAAAUUCAUAGUUUCCACAAACCAGGUGACCACAUUAAUGUCCGUUGACUUUUUUCGCACUGCAAACCAUGUUUCAGUUAAACUUUAUAUGUAAAUCACAAUAGGCAGAUCAGAUUGUUGCAAAUAAUGGAAUUUGAUGGUUCCUAAUAUUAAAGUAUUUACAAAACAAGCUUUAAGAUCUGGUUCAAGUGACAAUCAUACACCAACCUGCCUUCUUUUAUAUGUUUGCGGAAACGUAGUAUCUUUUUUAUUUGGCCUAGUUUUUAAUUGUUACCUGUUGGAACCUCCAACAUAUGUGCGUCUUCUUUGCGUAUUUGAAUGUAAUAUAUUGCUGAUAUAAACAUUGAAUUUAGCAGAUAUCCACUAAAUUAUUUGGAAGAUUGAUGGUAAGUAUGAUCAGACAAGCUCAUUCUCAGCAUUUUGUCAAAGUAUUGUCAAAAGAGAUAUAACUGUUGCAAUGUACACAAACAGAUGUUUUUGUUGUUAAUCUUUUUUUUUUCUUUUUUUUUCUAUUUUUUUUAAUUUGAUAAUUCAGGACAUCCAAUACUUGUAGAAAAUGAAGGAAUGAGUUACUGUCUCAACUGUGGUACCAGUUAAUCUUGCUGGGAUAACAUUUAUUGCACACUAUUUAGGAUAUCAAAUGAUAUCCUGCUUUUAAUCAUUAUUGAAUUUGAACAUAUUUCUCACUGAGAAAUACUAUAAAUGUUGUCCGGUGUGAAUAACGAUACCACAGUUUUUAAAUUGUAUAGCACAAAGGGUGAUUAGUCACAUUUACCGUAACCUUAUUUAAGUAGCCAGUCAUGUCUUUCUGUUUACACUCGAGAUACUCUCUGUUGUCUUGCUAGAUACUUUCCUUUGCUUCCUUUGCUUUCUAGUGUCUUCAUUUUUGCUUAAAAUGCAUAUAAGCAUUAUUGUUCUGCAUUAAAGUAAUCUGGAGUGCUCACAAAGUCAAAGUUAUUUUUGUUUUAACAUAGUCUUCAGGUUUUUAGGGGGCAUUUGUCACAAACAGUGACAGCUCUUGUUUUUGGUAGUGGUGAUAUAUAUGUGAACAUACAUAUAUAUUAAGGGAGAGAGAGAGAGAGAGAGAGAGAGAGAGAGAGCUGUAGCUUUGGUGGUAGACUGUCUAGGUGAUGGGUAGUGUUACAGACAUUUAUAUAGGUGUAUUUGUUUAAGAAGAGACUGUUAAAAGACUGUAAAAGGAUACUAAGUAUGUGUGAUCCAAAUGGAGACAGAAAACAUGCAUCAUUUACAUGCAAUUUAUUUAUGAGUAGUUCCAUAAGUUUCUUUCGUGGGUUGUAGGACUAGGUGAAGCUUGGAAUUUCUGGCCUCGAGGGUAACUGUUGAGGCCAUAACGAGGCCCCUACAGAGUUAUCGCCUAAACAGAUACCCGAGAGGGCGAUAUUCCCAUCUGCACCUAUAACCAGUAACAGAAUCUUUUUCUUGCAUACCAGUUUCAAAAAUUAAUAAUAACAUUAAAUCAAUCCAACGGCUUUCUUUUUAGAACUAUUUCUUAUAGCAGCCUAUUUAAAUAAAGCGCAGGAAAACAACAUUUUUUAACAUGUUAGAGGUCAUGAUAUUUCAACGACAAAUAACUGUGUUUAGGUCAGGUUUUGUUUUAUCAGUUGCAACGUAACAUUACAAAUAUUUGACAAAAUAAUAUGUUUUGAAUUAAGAAGUAUACUAUCAGAGCAAAUUAAUUAGUAAAAAUAUUUAUUAUUCUUUCUAAAUAUAAAUCACUUCAUAUAUCUUCUACAUUUAUGUUGUUCAUAGUAUAUCAUUUACAGCAUGAGAGUUUACUGGAUGUAAGAUGGAAUUUUCCAUUAAUGGUAACAAUACUGAAAAUCUACGCCUGGUUUGCAAGAAAUUUGAAUGAAUAAUCUUCCUUGACAAAACCCUUGACUGCAAAUCAAAUAACUUGCCUAUAUCCCUGGGUUGGAGCCGGACACGGGGGCGUGGAAUUCUUAUAUAAGGAAGCCAUCCAGUUGGUUUACUUAAGGUUGGUGGUUCUAACCAGGUGCCCGCUGGUGAUGAAAUAAUGCAUUGGGGGUCGGCCUCCACAAUCAAAACUGGAAAGUCACCAUAUGACUAAUAAUUGUCGGUGCACCGUUAAACCCAACAAAAUAAAUAUAUGAAUACAUAUCAAAUGCCUCUAACAGAUGUGUUCUUUCCAGAUGUGUUCUUUCCCUCUUUACUUAUAGAUGUAUAUGUGUAAAUGUUGUCACCAGUGUGUUUGGUGUUUUCCUUUAUUUGCUUUCUCACAGAUAUAAGCUUCCUUACAAGUUUAGUUAUUUGCCAACUUGUGAAACUGGGUGAUAUUACUAAUCUUUGUUUAAUUUUUGUUUGUUUUAUACUUAAAAUCUUGAUUUAUUGAAAUAUCAAUUUAUUGCAUAUUCAAUUAAUUUAGUACAAAGUACCUUUUUUACCCAUUUUAUUAAUUAUGAAAUAGAAUUAAUAAGCCUAAUAUACAGAUUUAUUGUGUUUUGAUGAUGUAUAUCUCAAUAAUCAGCUGUUUUGAGGGUUUUUUUUCUGUUCUUUUAGGGCUUUUAUGUUACACAUGUUUCUCGAUAUACUUUAGGUUGGUACUGGUUUUGAUUUUAAUUUCCCUCUGGUUUUAAAAUCAUAUGUCAGACUAAAACAGUUGAACAUAGAUUAAUGUUAUCUGGAAUUUAGGCCAACCCUUUAUUAUUAAUUAAAAGUUUUUAGCAUGUCAAAAGAUGUCCAUUUGCUUUGAUCUGUUAUUCAGCCAUCUGAUGACGGCCCUAGUUGUUCAGCUUGCAACAAAGUUGACUCGACUGAGAAUAACUAUACUGACAAUUGCUUAAUAUAUAUGGGAUGGGCUAAAGCGCCUUAAAUCACCAAACCGAAAUCAGAGAUGCCGAAUUGAAAAAAAUCAAACCAAGAGAAAAUGUAC